AUGAAGGUUAAGUUUUUUUGUUGUUCUAAGGAUCGAGAAGUGGUUGUCGAGACAGCGGUGACUCAGGAUGAACUAGGGUUGAGUGUGGACGAUCAUGAGGAUAACUCCAAGCAGGCAUUCUCACUUUUCGUCGAUGAUCUAAAGAAACGCACCGACGGAUUCAAGGAUUGCAGAUAUGCCGUCUUCGAUUUCAAAUUCAUUUGUUCGCGUGUCGGCGCGGGCAAUACGAAAAUGGACAAAAUUAUUUUCUUACAAAUUUGUCCGGACGGUGCAUCGAUCAAAAAGAAGAUGGUAUACGCUUCGUCUGCAUCAGCCAUCAAGGCUUCUCUUGGAACCGAAAAAAUCUUGCAGUUUCAGGUGUCCGAUGAAUCGGAGAUGUCCCAUAAAGAGUUGCUGAUGAAGUUGACGGAUAAAUAUGGCGAUCACUAA